AUGCAAGCUCGCAUGAUUUGCAUGUAUGGGACUGUCUCUGCUCGGUCAACAGAGAUCAUGGGCAUUCGCGAAGCCCUUAGCUGGCUCAAGGGUACAGAGAAUAUCAUCAUCGAGUCGGACGCGAGAGACCUGAUUUUGGAGAUUCGAAAUCCAAAUUUGAAAGAACCAGAGAUACUUAUUGAAGAUUGUUAUAGACCCUCAAUUUACAUCAGACUCUUAUAUUCGCUCUGCGGCUCACAGGUCGAAACCCUAAUCUCAGAAUACCUUGAUCAGGGUUCAAGUCCAAGAACAGGCAAUCUCGGCGAGCUUUCGUCGCAACAGAUGCAUAAAGUUAACGAUUUGCAUUGCAGGAUUGUCAAACAAGAAGAACAGUUGACUAGCAAACAAGCGAGUUUGCAAGAAAACAUGGCUGACGAUCCUGUUUCCUUGAUUGCCAAGGAACAUAGAGAUGGUCUGGAAUCUUAUGAGCUAGUGAAUGGAUCAAUUCAAAAAUAUGAAGAGGCCAUGUGCGGGAUCUUACAGGAAGCUGAUAAUUUGAGGUUAACUACGCUUAAGGAGUUGCUUAGUAUUUUAACUCCUUUUCAAGCUGUGGAUUUUCUUGCUGCUUACAAGAAGCUUCAUCUCUGCUUGCAUGAAUGGGGUAAGAUAAGGGAUGUUUCACAAAAUAGAACAAAUUAA